AUGGAUACCGACGCCCAACUCCUAGCAGUCGCUUUGAUCGCUAGAGAGUCAACCUCUAGUAUACAGGAGUUCAAGCUCUAUCACUACAAUCCUACUAUCGGCGGGGCUGUUACCUUUGUCCUCCUUUUCUUGGGUACAACCAGCUUCCAUACGUACCAAUCAUUUCGAACUCGGUGCUGGUUCGUCAUUCCCCUCAUCAUUGGCGGUAUUUUUGAGUUUAUUGGUUAUGCGGCCCGUGGCGCAUCCGGCAAAGAAUCGCCGAACUGGACUCUAGGACCCUAUAUCACCCAAUCUAUCCUACUCCUCGUCGCACCUGCUCUCUUUGCUGCGACAAUCUACAUGGAACUAGGGAGGAUCAUCUCCCUUGUGGAUGGCGAGUCUCAUUGUCUUAUCCGAAAGCAAUGGUUGACCAUGAUCUUUGUCUUCGGAGACAUUCUUUCCUUUGUCCUUCAGGGCGGGGGUGGUGGCUAUCAGGCAUCAGGUACUGCUUCUGCUCUAGAGACCGGAGCGCGCGUCGUCAUUGUCGGGCUCUUUGUUCAGCUCGUCUUCUUCGGCUUCUUCAUUGUGAUCGCUGUCAAAUUCCACAUAUCCAUUAGUCACUCAUCUACGAUCCGUUUAUCCACUGAGCUCCCAUGGCAGAAACACAUGAACGCCCUCUAUAUUGUAAGUACCCUCAUCAUGGUGAGAUCUAUUUUCAGAGUGGUAGAGUAUCUCCAGGGCUUCAACGGGUAUCUGCUUCACCAUGAAGCAUAUUUGUACAUUUUUGAUGGUCUGCUCACGUUUUUGGCCAUGGUUUUGUUGAAUGUAGUGCAUCCGAGUGAGUUGGCAGCAUCAAUGAAGCACAACACUGCGACGGAUUAUGAAGUCAAUUUGAAAGCCUUCACCGAACGCUAUCAAAGACUUGGAUCCAACAUGAGCCAGGACGCAUGA